AUAUGGGUCAUUUUAUCCCUUUCAUGUUCACUAAAUAUUUGCAGGAUGCUUUCAAGGUUCCUUUGGUCAUACAGCUAACUGAUGAUGAAGAGUGCAUGUGGAAAAACUUUUCAGUGGAGGAGUGCAAGAGACUUGCCAGAGAAAAUGCCAAAGACAUAAUUGCUUGUGGGUUUGACAUUUCUAAAACCUUCAUCUUCCAGGAUUUCAAUUAUGUUGGUGGUGCCUUCUAUGAGAAUAUGGUGAGGAUUAGCAAAUGUGUCACCUACAAUAAGGUUGUAGGCAUUUUUGGCUUUUCAGGAGAAGAUCAUAUUGGGAAGAUAAGUUUUCCAUCUGUUCAGGCUGCUCCCUCCUUUACCAGCUCAUUUGCACACUUAUUCCAUGGCAAUAAUAAUAUUCGCUGCUUGAUUCCUUGUGCGAUUGACCUUCUUUCCAUACUUCUUUCCUAUCAUAUGUGUCCUGAUAUUUGUCAAUUAUACAAUUUUUAUAUCUGUAGGAUCCUUACUUUCAGAUGA